AGCAAAUCCGGGCUUCCCCCUCCUACCGACACCAGCAUAUUUCCAUGAAACGUGAGAGAGAUGGUCUCUACCGUCAUCAAGCCUGUUGAAGAUGAGUGACUCGGAGAAAUUCCUUCAAUUUAAGCUGAUCAGGCUCUCUUCUGAUCUUGAUCAUGCGCUCAGUAUUGCAUAUGAGCCAGGAACGCUCAAUACGCCAUUGAUCGUAUUUAUGAAUGGAUUACUCCUUCCUUCUUCAUCAUUCAGGCCAGCUGUAGAGCAAUUUAUAGAACUUGUCAAAUCUGAUCAAGGCGAAAGUCGUCUUCCCGGAAUCCUACUUUGGGAUAGAUACGGACAAGGCUUAUCGGACAAGCAAGAAAAGACGCAUGAUGCACAUGAUGUGGUGGAGACACUUCAUGAGCUUUUGACACACAUUGCUGGGCAUGACGAAGAAGAUCGUCCGAUCAUCUUUGUUGCUAAUUCGAUCGGUUGUCCUUUAGCAAGGAUGUAUGCUGAGAAAUAUCCCUCUUGCAUUCGCGCCUUCUUGUUUCUGGAUAGUAUGAUGGCUUCCAGUGAUUUCGUCUCAAUCUUCAAUGAACCUCAAGAUAAUGAGGAAGCUUCCAGACUACUACCAGAAGAACGAGAGGGGUUACGGAUUGGACGUGAAAAGAUGCGAGCAAUCUUUCAUCCUAGUGUCACAAACGCAGAAGGAUUUGACCGUAGUCGAUUACCCGAACAAGUACCUUUUUGUGAUCGACCAAAGUUUCAAGAUGACCCGUUUUUGACGGUAAUGGGACAUGAUCAUGCAUUUUUUGCUGCUGAUACAGAAGAAAAGCUUGGAAUUAAUGCGUUCGUUGUAGAUAAAUACAUGAAUGCAGAAUGGGACAAGUAUAAUCAGGGAUUGCUCAAACUUACCAAGCCUGACCAUGCUCGAGGCACAAUACGACCAAAGAACGCCAGCCAUUUCAUUCAAAUCUCUAAUCCUGACGUUGUAGCACAAGAACUGCAUUUGUUGUACGAAAAGGUCUUAAAGGCAGAAAGUGACUAAAUGUCAUUGCGGAUGGAUACAAUCCCUAACAGAUAUAUUAAUUGUUGGUAUA